GGCGGGCCUUUGUCUUUUUGAGUACGUUGACGGUGGAAAGUCGCUCCCACUUCGGAGAGAGCCUCAGCGAACUGUCGCGGAGCAGCGAGGAGCCGAGAAAGGAUCAAACUCGUCAAUCUGACACUUGAACGACAAGAUGGUGGCGAAGCAGAGGAUCAGGAUGGCCAACGAGAAACAUAGCAAGAACAUCACACAGAGAGGAAACGUGGCCAAGUCCACGAGGAACCUGACGGAUGACAAAGGCGUCGGACCCUGGCUCCUCGCACUCUUCCUCUUUGUCGUUUGUGGAUCAGCUAUCUUCCAGAUCAUUCAGAGCAUCAGGAUGGGCAUGUAGUGAUGACAUCAUCACCACGCGGCCCCGAUUUCAGCUGUGGCCGCCGCGCAACCGCAACAAAUUCCCCCGCCGCUGCCCCCGCCGAUACAUUCCUGAACUUUGACCUGCCAUCAUUCCUGACCGGACCACCCCGCGCACACGCAAGGACACGUGCGCGCUUGUUUGCCCAACGUGUCACCGCGGACGACCUUCUCACCGUUGUUUGCCUAAGUCCCGCCCCUCGCUGAUGAGACCUUAUUGGACAGAUGGGGGGCGGGGUCAAAGUACACCUGACGACCAAACCGAGAAGGAGCACGCAUGUGGCUGGGCGUGAAAGAGAGAAUAAAGUUUGAUUUCCGCACCAAG